AUGUACGAGGAUCCGGCUGAGGUGCUCGAAGAGAGCAAAGAAGAGUUCGCUGAAGCAGCCAAAAAGCCGGGGAUUCAUCUCACCAAUCCCACGACUCCACUGCUGUUCAGCCUCCCUGGAGGCCUGGAUGAGUUUCCGCAUGUGUACAUGGAGGCGACGCUUCGGUCAGACGUCACCGUCGCCACGUUCGAGUGGUGGUGGACCAAGAGCCAGGACUACCUGCCCCAAUUGGAGGUGCAGACGGAGCAGUACAAGCCCGGAGCUCUCAACUACUCGGUGGAUAACUUUAAGACCCGGAACGAGGCCAUUCCCGAUAAAUACUUCCAGUUGAACAUCGGCCAAAGACACCUCAUCAAGUUCUUUUUCGACGUCAAGGACCGUUACCUCGUGGUGAAGAUCGACGGCAUGCACGCACUCUUUGAGCUGAUUGAGCGUGACGCCAAGCGCUACGACCAGCUCCGCAUCACGGGCGCCUUCGACAUCCAUGUCUUCCGAGCGCUGCACGAACAGCCUCUGCCCAUGCCAUUGACAGUCCCCCUGACACCGGAGGAAUUGUUGAAGGGCGGCCGCUUGCAGAUCAAGGGAAAGAACACCAGGAAGGCCCAACAGUUGAGCGUUUUUGCUGCCGCAAUCUAUAGCCCCACUUUGUUUAGAAAUUGCCUGUAG